CUUGCGCAUGCGUGCUUCACCCUCCGCUGAACUACAACGACCCUGUGGUAACUUUUAACUUUAUUUUUAAAUGGAAGCGGCGCACACGACCUCCGCAGUACACCGACGGUUAGUGACAGUAACACGGACGUCUGGACACCAGAGUCCCGUUAGGAAAUAAGAGAUUUAAGGAGUUGCCUGAGGAAGAGUAUGGUCACUGGAGGACUCGUGAUAACGACAGAGUGAACCAGCAGCGCACACACACACACACACACACACACACACACACACACACACACACACACACACAGUGAGGCGGCCAUGUGGUGGUUCCAGCAGGGUCUUUGCUUCCUGCCCGCAGCGCUGGUCACCUGGACGGCGGCGUCCUUCAUCUUUGCUUACAUCACCGCGGUGUUGCUGAGACAUGUGGAUCCUCUGGUGCCUUACAUCAGCGACACAGGAACGAUGGCACCAGAGAGGUGUGUGUUUGGCAUCAUGCUGGAUGUGUCAGCCUUUUUAGGUAUGGCCACAGUAUACGUGCGUUACAAACAGGUGGAGGCUCUGACAGGUGAAAACGAGCUCAAACUGAACAGACUGAACCGCUUCGGGCUGCUGCUCGGUUUUAUCAGCUCCUUUGGGAUGUGCGUGGUCGCCAACUUCCAGAAGACCACGCUGUUCUCCAUGCACCUGGUGGGGGCCGUGCUGACCUUCGGGGUCGGAGCGCUCUACAUCCUGGUUCAGACGCUGCUGUCACUCUACAUGCAGCCUCACGUCCACAGCAAGACCAUCUACCUGGUCCGCCUCGGCAUCGGAUUCUGGACCCUGUGCAGCAUCAUCAGCAUGUUCAUAUCAUCAGUCAUCAUGUACAGCAGCCUGCCGGGAGUGGACGUAGCUCACAAACUGCACUGGACUCCUGGAGAGACGGGCUACACAGCUCACAUUAUCAGCACCGUGUCUGAAUGGUUUCUGGCCUUCUCCUUCAUCAGCUUCUUCCUCACCUACAUCAGAGAUUUUCAGAAAAUUAACUUGCGAGCCGAAGCAGUUUUGCAGAGCAGCCACCUGUACGACUGGUCACACGAUGGCGUCGCAGCAGCACAUCACCACAAACGCGGAGUCUCCGAGUCGUCUCCACUGCUGGCCGGAGGAACGUGACCAGCAGCAGAACAUCCUACAACAACUGAUUUUACACAGAUUUUUUAAAUGUUUUCUAAUCUUGUUUAAAGGGUUUUUAUAGGGACUUUCUUAAAGCUGGCAUGGCAGCUCUUAAAGGGGCAGUACACUAAAUAUAGAGAGAAUAGAGAAUUAAUUUGUUCUCGUGUUGUCUCUCCGGUCAGAUAGUUUUGUAUUCAUUUAAUAUAUUACAAAUAAUAAAACAUAAGGUAUGAACAAACUCUCUUCCCUCUAUUGUACUAGGAGGAAGACAGAAAUCUCAAAACCUGUACAAAUAAAAUAAAAUCUAUGCGACCGGAGAGAUAAUACGAGAGGGAAGAGGAUUUUUUGUUUGGGCAACUGACCAAUAUGAAAACCCAAAUAUGAUGCUUUGCACUUUAACCUCAAACUGCAACAGUCCCUCUCAGUGACUUCCUCAUUUAUACUCUAUAUCAAAUUUUAAAAACGCUGCACUGUCUUUUACUUUCAGUUAUAAAUUACAGCCGCUCUUCCUGAUGGUAGGAUAUUUAAAAGUUAUUGAUUGUACAGCAGGCAGUUAAACUGUGAGGGGAAAGAAUAUUAGCACUUAGGAUUGUUUAAUGUCUUUAGUUAUUCAGUCUGCUUUCAUUUAGCUGCAUUACAUUUGUAAUAUUCAGUUAAUACUACUGAAUAUUUCAGUAUCAUUUCCGGGUGCAUCUUUCAAAUGCUUUACUUCCCCUAAAACAUGGCAGAUUACUAUGAACUGAACCACUACUUUGCUCUCCUGUAGGUGGCGCUGGUCACAAUAACUGAACAGCUCCCCCUGCUGGAGAAUCAGCACCCUGAUAAAGUUAGAUUGUAGUAACAGUUGCUGUAUUGCUUGUAUUACCUUUAAACCAGUCUGUUUUUAAACUGGCAGACUCCAGACUCCACAGUACGUGCGGUUUAUUAACAUAUCCACAAAUAAACAUUAAAGGUGUGGUAAGCGAUUCUGGAGAAAUAGUGUCAAUAUAGUGCCAGAGGCAGCACACAGCUCCAGACAGCGAUACAGCUCUCCUGCUGCUAUAGUUGACGUCACAACAACAACAGCAGCAUAUCUUGGUAAACUUGGAAGUAAGCUGAAUGUCUGCAGGUCAUUUAACAUUACCUGACACACAAAAAUCCUGGCUGGAAUAACAAGUUUGUGUUGUGUGGCCCGGUCUGAUUCACUUUGUUUACCACUCACAAAGGCAGGGCUGUGUUCAAAACGAUUGGGACUGAUCAGAACCACUUAGUCCACCUUUAAUGUUUAAUCAGAUACAAACCUACCUAACUUGUGUUGCUACUGCGCAUUGUGCUGUUUGCUGCUGUCCGUUUACAUUAUGUUCAGACUAAUAAAGAUUUAUUUCUUGUUUGUAA